AUUUCAAACCGCAAACUAUCUUUACUGCGAUAAGGAUUUAUGUUUAUGCAUAUCUCAGUUUGGCUUCAUGAUGUGAAAUGUGCAUGUUUAAAGGGAAUUAGCCUAAAUAUUAAACAUUAAACUAAACUUUACCUUAUUGUUAAAAAUGUCAAAUUUAGUUUCCUUUGUUCUGCUAGCGGCCAAAGCUUGUUUUGUGGAGGAACACACCUUCAGGACAGUUAUGUGAAUGAAUCUACAUGCUCUUUGUGCUUAUGCAUCAUAUUGGCUGGAGUUUGUUCUUAGAUUAUUUUCUGUUGUGUAAUUAUGUCUCACAACAUUUGUAUAGAAACACCGGACUUGAGCAAUUCGACGGCAAAGUUGUCACGGGGGCUCUCAUAGGUGUACAUGGACUGUUUGAGUUUAGAGGGAUGGACGGCAGUUGGUGCUGUCAUGCGCGGGGGUAAUGCGCACGUUUUUCUUUUUUCUGUUUUUUUUUUUUUUUUUGGUACGGGGUUUGAUUGUUGCACUAAUGUUGGAAUGUGGUCGUUAUCAUUUUAUUUUUGACACACAAUCAAUUUUUUCUAAUAUGUCAAAAUGUCAAAUGUUAAUAUGAGCGGACUGUCUCUCUCCUUGUGGAAUGUGAAUGGGUUGGGGCACCCCAUAAAAAGAAGGAAGGUUAUUUCUUUUCUUAAACUUAAAAAAUAUGAUAUAGUGUUUCUUCAAGAAAUGCAUCUUUCCCCACAGGAAGCUGAAAAAUUUGGGAAGAUAUGGGGAAGAUAUCAAUUUCCCUGAUCCAGCUAGACGUAAAAAUAUUGUCAAAAAUUCUGGCUAACCGAUUAAGUAAAGUUAUGACAUCUCUUAUACAUACAGAUCAGGUUGGGUUUAUUCGGGGCCGCAGCUCUUCUGAUAACAUUAGGCGUUUCAUCAGUAAUAUGUGGUCAGUGGCGAAUGAUCAGCCUCUGGUCGCGGCCAUCUCACUUGACACUGAAAAAGGCGUUUGAUAUGGUAGAAUGGGAUUAUCUUUUUAAGAUUUUGGAAAUAUACAGGUUUGGGAAUACUUUUAUUGGAUGGAUUAAGUUACUUUAUAGACACCCGGUAGCGGCGGUACAAACAAAUUGAUUAAUUUCAGAUUAUUUUACUCUGAACAGGGGCACCCGGCAGGGUUGCCCUCUUUCCCCAUUAUUGUUCUGUCUUGCCCUGGAACCAUUAGCAGCCGCGAUAAGAAAGGAAGAUGAUUUUCCAGGGGUGGUGGUGGGAGGUGUGGCGCAUAAGCUUUUGCUUUACGCAGAUGAUAUUUUAUUAUCCUCCGACCCCAUUAGAUCAGUGCCUUGCCUCUGUAAAAUUAUUAGUUCCUUUUCUAAAUUCUCAGGAUACAGAGUCAAUUGGUCUAAAUCCGAAGCUUUGACUCUGACAGCAUACUGCCAAGUAACGGCUUUCCAGCCAGGCGCCUUCCAGUGGUCCAAACAGGGCAUUAAGUAUUUGGACAAUUUAUUCCCUGCCAAUUUGUCUGAUUUAGUUAGAGUUAAUUUUGACCCCUUAAUAAAAAGGUUUUUGAGUGAUGUGGGCAGGUGGGCUUCAUUACAUUUAUCUAUGAUUGGGAAGGUUAAUGUUAUUAAAAUGAAUUGUAUUCCAAAAUUUAACUACCUGUUACAGUCUCUCCCUGUAGAUGUCCCCCUCUCUUAUUUCAAGCAAUUUGAUAGCAUAGCAAAGUCCUUCAUUUGGAAUGGUAAGUGUCCUAGAUUACAUUUUAAUAAAUUACAUAGGCCGAUUGACAAAGGUGGGCUAGGCCUACCCAAGAUUUUGUUAUAUUAUUAUGUAUUCGAUCUCAGACAUUUGGCUCAUUGGUCGCUUCCACCUGAGAGAGCCCCUCCCUGGUUUUGUAUUGAACAGAAAGUUCUUGCCCCUAUUUUGCCAUUGCAAAGCCUUUCUAUCAAACUAAUUGUAGAUGUUAAGUUACACCCCGUAACCUCGCAUUUGCACUCGGUAUGGACAAAAGUGUCCAGAGUGUUUAAUUCGGGCAUUUAUUUAAAUGUUCCCUCAAGCAUAUGGCUGAACCCUAAAUUAUGUAUUAGUAAGUCCCCUUUCUGCUGGUCAGAGUGGAUUGUGAGGGGGGUUACUACACGCAGUGACCUAUAUGAGAGUGGAGUGUUGAGAUCUUUAAAAAAUUUGGUUCAACAUUUUGGGAUUCCCAGAUCUCAGUUCUAUAGGUAUUUACAGCUGCGCCACCUGCUCUGUAUUGUUUUUGGGAGUAGCAUAAACCCCCUAAAGUGGCAGAUACUCUGGGAGAGGUGAUUACUGCUUUUGGAAAAGGCCAUGAGGCAUCAGUGUAUUACUUCCUGCUAAUUCAGAGUCUGGGGGUCGGAGCUUUAACUUCUAUCAAGAGAUUAUGGGAGAAAGAUUUAAACUUGGUAUUGGAGGAGGGAGUGUGGGCUAGGAUUCUAAAAAAUGUCAAGUCUGCAUCUAGGGGGAGGGGUAAUAGUGGGGGUUAAAUAUGAUUCAAUGUUAUAUAUGUUGUGUUUUUUUCUUUGUGAUAUGUCUAUGAGUCAAUAAAAAAAAAAAUGAAAAAAAUUUAGUUUCCUUUGAGAGUACAAGUUUUAAUUUGAACUCAUACAGCUCUUACGGUGAUACAUGAACAGUGAUUUGAAAACGGUGAUCUGUGAACAAUAAAGGAUUGGUGUAUCAUCUGUAAAAGAGUUGACCAUCAGUAAACCAGAGAGCUACAAUGCUGCCUGUAGUGGUGGUGCAUGGAGGUGCUGGAACUGUUCCCAGGGAGAGAACUGAACAAUCCUGUGCCGGGGUGAAGGAGGCAGCAAGGUGUGGAUAUGCCAUCCUUCAGAAGGGUGGUAGUGCCAUGGAUGCUGUGAUAGAAGCAGUAACCCUAAUGGAGAACAACCCAACAUAUAAUGCAGGUCGAGGAUCAGUGCUAAAUGUUAAAGGGGAAGUGGAGAUGGAUGCACUUGUAAUGGACGGGAAGACUCUUGCUAGUGGGGCUGUGUCAGCAGUCAGGAGAGUGGCUAACCCAAUACAACUGGCCAGGCUUGUCAUGGAGAAGACAAAACACUUGUGUCUGACAGCUGAAGGGGCCUCUAAGUUUGCCAGAGACAUGGGUGUACCGGAGGUGACUGAGGAGUCAUUGAUCACAGACUAUGCCAAGAUGUGCUGGAAGAAGAACCUGGAGCCAGGAGCCAACCCUGUGGAAAGCCAAAUGGGCAAGAUGGGAACAGUAGGUGCAGUGGCUGUGGACAAAGAGGGAAAUAUUGCUUGUGCCACAUCCACUGGUGGCAUGAUAAACAAAAUGGAGGGUCGGGUGGGAGACACACCGUGUAUUGGAUGUGGGGGCUAUGCAGAUAACAAGAUUGGGGCUGUCUCACCCACAGGCCAUGGGGAAGCCAUCAUGAAGGUCACACUGUGUAGACUCAUUCUCUUCCACAUGGAGCAAGGGAAGAGCCCACAGGAAGCAAGUGACCUGGCCCUUGCGUAUAUGAAGGAGCGGGUGGAGGGCCUGGGCGGAGUGGUGGUGGUCGAUCCAAAAGGGACCUGGGCAGCUCGCUUCAACAGCCUACAGAUGGCAUGGGCAGCUGCCCAGCAGGAUCAACUCCACUAUGGGCUGUACCAUGGGGAGGACUUCAUUGAGUCUGCACAAGAGCAAACACAAUGAACACAUGCAUACACCCUCAAACAAACGCUCAUAUGGUUGAUUAUUUUUCUUAAUCAAUAUUGAUUACUUAGGGAAAUUUGCAAAAUGUGCAUUUGCAAAAAAAUGUCAGGGCAUUACAAAUGUAAUUUUUUGCCAGUUUGUCUGAAUUAAGUACUGUACAUUUUAACAAGCAUUUUGAAAUUGGUCUCCAUUUAAACUAACAGUAAAGCAAUAUGAGUCUUACACAGAUGAGAUAAAGAACUACUGUAUUAUAACACUCCUCGAUGGGAGUUCACCCAAAAAUGAAAAUGUUCUCAUCAUUUACUCACCCUCAUGC